CGGACAGCAAUUUGGCCUCAAAGUCAAUUUAUUAUCGGGAGAAGUGACCGCAGUUUUAAAAUUUAAAGACCCAAAUAAGCCCAAAAAUCGAUUGAAAAUGGAUCCCAACUUCCGUUUUUUUUCAGAAUAUUUUCAAAUAUCUUAAUUUUACUGUCUCAGUUUCUAAUUCACUAGACUAGCAAGGAUCAAAAUUCAUGAUUAAAGCCUUUCGCGCCGCAUUCUUGAUAACCUGCUAUUUGAAAGUGGCAAGUCAGAACUAAACGAGCCAUUGUGACUAACAACAGGAAUUCAAGGUGUGGAUUAGUGAUAGAUGAAAACCAAACAGCUUCCCCAGUUGCGACUACUAUCAAAGAAUUAUAUAUUGAUUCGGUUAAUUCUUCGCGCAACUUCAAACUGAAAUUCGAUUCAAAUAAAGAUUAUCUCUAUUCGUCGAAUAAAGAUUCCUUCUCAAGCUGAUAGCAAAGACACUAAUCUCCAAUUUUACUGCGGUUUGACAAAAAAAUGGCAAUUUCAAUCAAAAUUCGAUUUGGAAGUAAAUUAAUUGAGCGUAGGUAAAGCAUAGAGGUAAAAUAGAAAUAAAAUUGACACUCAGAAAACCUCCGCAAAUUAUCAAACGAACUAUCAAACCAUUAUUUUCCCUUCAUUUACAGAAAAAAUUGUAUUUUAAAAAAGCACCCACAAAGUUUUUGUUAGACUUGCACAAAUUGUUAAGUGUUUUGAUGUUCGUAUCAUUUUGCAUUCAAUGUGAUACUUCUCUUUAGCUCACAAAAUUCGAAAGCAUACUAAGUUUUUUUUAAACUUUUCAUUUUAAAAUUCCAUUUCAUUUUUACUCUUUGAAUAAAUUAUACUGCUUUUGAAAUCUUUUUACUUUAACUUUUUACCCAAUCCGUAUAUUCAAAUCCCUUCAAAAACAUGACAACCAAUUCAUCAUUACCAUCUGAAGUAUUACAGACAAGCGACACUAUAUGGAAAAUUGAUUCCAUAAUUUUGACCUUACUUUUGGUCAUGAUCCUGUCCAUAGUACCCAUACUUACCAUCUCCGGCAACUGUCUGGUCGUGUGGGCUAUUCUCACCCAGAAGUGUCUGCAGCAGGUGCAGAAUAGACUUCUCAUCAGUCUGGCUGUCGCUGAUGUUCUCGUGGCCUUGACAGUCAUGCCAUUUGCCAUUUUCAUGGAAGUCGCAGUGAGUUGGAAGUUUGGCUUCAUCGUGUGUGACGUGUGGCGAACUAUGGAUGUGAUGUGCUGCACUGCCAGCAUUCUCCAUCUGUGCGCAAUUGCACUUGACAGAUACUGGGCAAUAACAGAGCCUUUCACUUACUCAGUCAGAAGAAACAAAAGGUUAAUGUCAAUCAUAAUCGCCAUCGUCUGGAUCUCAAGUCUCAUCAUCUCACUGCCCCCUGUCACAAUCUGGUACGGUGAAGGUCACGGCAUGGACGGACUAGGGUGUGAACUAAUUGUAGAUCCAGUUUACAUUAUUUACUCAGCAGUUGGAUCUUUCUACGGCCCGCUUGCGGCCAUGUUUGUAAUUUACGCGCGUAUUUAUCAUGUCGCGGCUGAAAGACUUCGCGCCAAAUCCGAGCGAAGGUCGACAUAUUCGUCCCCGGGAACAAGCCAAUAUCAGUUAAAAAGGAUAAACAAACAGACUGAAAUUCGAGAAAUGAAAACAAAAAUGAGUGAACAUUCGAUGCACUCGAAACCAACAAAUAGUACUCUUCAAGUUCCUACUUUGACCCGGGCUUCAGUUUCGGUUACCAAUAAUUCGGAGCAUGCAAGUUCAAAAGGAGGCGACAGAAGUCAACACAAAUCUUCUUUUUUGACGUUGGAUAUUCCAACCCGGGACGAUGCGACAAUUAAUAAUCAAGUGGUCGGCGCUUGUCCUCCGUCGCCGUCACGUGGCCGAAUCAGAAAACCUUUGAUAAGUGUGACAGUCGAACGAAAAGCAGCGAACACUCUGGGUGUAAUUCUGGGCUGUUUUGUCCUAUCUUGGCUCCCAUUUUUCACCCUUUACAUAAUGUCCCCGUUUGUUGACGCAAUUCAAAACUUACCAUAUUUGGUAACAAGCUUGGUAACUUGGAUGGGAUAUUUCAACUCGAUGGCGAAUCCGAUCAUCUACACGAUUUUCAACCCCGAUUUUAGAAAAGCUUUUUCGAAGAUUUUUAAGUGCUUGGAUACGACUCCCCAAUAUCAAGUAGCAGUUCCGUUGAAGAACAAAUCGAAACCUGCUCUGCACGUUACAUCAGAUGACCGAUCGGUAGCUUCAUUUGGUGUUUAAAUUUGCAUCUAUUUAAAUCACAAAAACUAUCAUUUCAAUUUGAUAAACGUACAAGUUGCAGGGCCUAUCAAAAAUUAAGC